GCUUACCUGUCUCGCAUAACUCUCCUCCACUAACCUCCUCGCGCUCGCUCUUUUCACAAGAGAGAAAUAAAGAAUGUUGCUCAAUCCAACCUUCUCCGAAUCGCUCUCGGAUUGACUCCGCCCUCAAAAGUCUCGCGACUGACACAUUUGACAUUCUCUCAGAAAAAAACCUCCGCUUUUGUGGUCGAGGUCGUCAGAAACCUCUCGGGGUUCCUCGCUUUUCCCACAGCUGCGAGGAGUUGUCGCCUCUCGGGUGUCGACUAUGCUGGACCCGUCCUCCAGCGAUGAAUCUGAGGGCGAACUACCACCUGAGGACGAACCGCCCGUUAAAACCGGGAAACCUAUUAAAAAGAGUCCCAAACCUGAAAAGACGUCGGACGCACCGCGAACCCAAACCAAGGAGCCGGUACCUUCUCCCGCCGAUGCGGACAAAACCGAGCAGGAGAGACUUAAGAAAGAAGAAGCGGAGAGGAAAAUUAAACUACAAAUUUAUGUGUUUGUGUUGAGAUGUAUCGCGUAUCCGUUUAACGCCAAACAGCCCACAGAUAUGGCUCGCCGCCAGCAGAAGCUGAACAAGCAGCAGUUGCAGGUGGUGAAGGAGCGUUUCCAGGCCUUCUUGAAAGGAGAGAUGCAGAUCGUCGCAGAUGAGGCUUUCUGCAACGCUGUGCGCAGUUACUAUGAGGGCUUCUUGAAGAGCGAGCGAGUGGCACGCAUGGUACAGAGCGGAGGCUGUUCUGCCAGUGACUUCCGCGAGGUCUUCAAGAAGAACAUUGAGCGUCGUGUGCGCAGCCUGCCCGAGAUCGAUGGCCUGAGCAAAGAGACUGUCCUCAGCUCCUGGAUCACUAAAUACGACGCCAUCUACAAAGGAGAAGAGGACCAGCGGCGGCCGCAGGGACGCAUGCCCUUCAGCGCUGUAUCCGAACUCAUCCUCAGCAAAGAACAGUUGUAUGAGAUGUUCCAGCAAAUCCUGGGAAUCAAGAAGUUUGAACAUCAGCUGCUCUACAAUGCCCUGCAGGCUUUCCCCAGGGGACAGGAGGAGUGGGGCACACAAGGAGAUUUCACCACCACACACCCCCUGCCCGUGGUCAAAGUCAAACUCUUCACCGAAAGCACCGGAGUCCUGGCUUUGGAGGACAAGGAGCUGGGCCGGGUGGUUCUUCACCCCACCACAAACGGGCCCAAAAUGGCAGAGUUGCACAAGAUGGUAGUGCCUAAGAACAGCCAAGACGUGGAUCUGAAAAUCAAACUGGCGGUUCGCAUGGACAAACCCCCCAACAUGAAGCACAGCGGGUAUCUUUACGCUUUAGGCCAGAGAGUCUGGAAGCGAUGGAAGAGGAGAUAUUUUGUGCUUGUUCAGGUGAGUCAGUACACAUUUGCCAUGUGCAGUUUCCGGGAGAAGAAGUCCGAGCCGCAUGAGCUGAUGCAGUUGGACGGGUAUACGGUAGAUUACUCUGAUCCGCAGCCAGGUCUUCAGGGAGGCAGAGCCUUCUUCAGUGCUGUCCGAGAAGGCGAUCUGGUGGUGUUCGCCAGCAAUGACGAUCAGGAUCGCGCUCUUUGGGUCCAGGCCAUGUACCGUGCCACAGGCCAAUCCUAUAAACCAGUAGCGCCCACCCAGAACCAGCAGAACUGCAGAGGAGGGAACGCCCAAAAAGAUGCCCCUGUGUCCUUACUCAGUUUGGAGAAGACUCAGAGACAGGGAGUGGAGGAGCUCAUCUCUGCCAUGCCCUGCAACUUCGACCAUGCCAGCCUGUUCUUCAUCCUGCAGAAACACACACUCAUACACCGCAUGAACGACUCCUUUUCCUGCCUGGGUUGGUUCAGCCCGGGCCAGGUGUUUGUUCUGGAUGAGUACUGCGCUCGAUACGGGGUGAGGGGCUGUCAUCGUCACCUCUGCUACCUGAAAGACCUGAUGGACUUCUCCGAUAACAACGCCCUGGUGGACCCGACCCUCCUACACUACAGCUAUGCCUUCUGUGCCUCACACGUCCACGGAAACAGACCGGACGGCAUGGGCACAGUGACAGAACAGGAGAAGGAGGAGUUUGAGGAGAUCAGGAGCAGACUGCUGACUUUACUGGAGAAGCAGAUCACACAUUUCAGGUACUGUUUCCCCUUCGGGCGACCGGAGGGGGCUCUUAAAGCCACACUCUCUCUUCUGGAAAGGGUUCUGAUGAAAGACAUCACCACGCCGGUCCCACCUGAGGAGAUGCGUAAGAUAGUUCAGAAGUGCCUGGAAAAAGCUGCGCUCAUCAAUUACUCCCAGCUGACUGAAUACGCCCAGAUUGAAGCAGACAGCGGUCAGGCGUCUCCAGAGAAAAGGCUGGAGGAUAUGAUCAGACUAGGAGAGCUGUGUAUGGAAGUGUUACAACAGAACGACGAGCAUCACUCUGAGGGAAGAGAGGCCUUCUCCUGGUGGCCAGAGGCGAUGGGGGAGCAUGCCGAGACCUUCCUGUCUCUGUACACGGUGGACAUGGAUGCAGCAUUGGCUGUCCAGCCGCAGGACUCCUGGGACAGUUUCCCCCUCUUUCAGCUGCUCAACAACUUCCUCCGAACUGACUCUCACCUGUGCAAUGGAACGUUCCAUAAGCACCUCCAGGACCUGUACAUCCCUCUGGUGGUGCGCUACAUUGACCUGAUGGAGUCGUCGAUAGCUCAGUCCAUUCAUCGCGGCUUUGAGCAGGAGACGUGGCAGUCUGUGAAGACCAUCACCAACAAUCUGCCCAGCGUUCCCCUGCCCAGGGUUCCCAACCUGCCUCUUAACCUCCCUCAGAUGCCCAGCUUCUCGGCCCCUUCCUGGAUGGGGCCGCUGUGUGACAGCAAUAACGGCUCGGCCACAUCAGAAGAUCUAUUCUGGAAGCUGGAUGCUCUCCAGAUGUUCGUGAUGGACCUGCACUGGCCAGAGCCGGAGUUCGCCAAACAUCUGGAGCAGAGGCUCAAACUGAUGGCUAGUGAUAUGAUGGAGGCCUGUGUCAAAAGGACCAAAGCUGCCUUUGACGCUAAAAUGCAAAAGUCUUGCAGGUCGACUGAUUUCCGCGUCUCCUUGUCUGUGUGCACAAUGUUCAAUGUUCUCAUGGAUGCCAAGAGGCAGUGCUCCAAGCUCUGUGUUCUUGACCAAGGCCAGGAGCAGCAGUACCACUCAAAAAUCGAUGUCCUGAUCGAUGAGGCCUUUAAGGAGAUGAUCUCCUCCUUGGUCUCAAAGUUUGCAGCUGUUCUGGAUGGGGUGUUGUCCAAACUCUCACGAUAUGACGAGGGAACAUUCUUCUCCUCCAUCUUGUCUUUCACGGUAAAAGCAGCGGCCAAAUAUGUGGACGUCCCAAAACCUGGUAUGGAUCUAGCAGACACCUACAUCACCUUUGUACGACAGAACCAGGAUAUUCUGCGCGACCGUGUGAACGACGAGAUGUACGCAGAGAAAAUCUUUGACCAAUGGUACAACUCUUUGAUGAAGGCGGUGUGUGCCUGGCUGACGGACAGACUUGACCAGCAGCUGCAUGUUUACCAACUCAAAACACUCAUCAAGAUUGUCAAGAAGUCGUACCGUGACUUCAGGCUGCAGGGCGUGUUGGACGGCACGUUGAACAACAAGAGCUACGAGACCGUUUACAACCGGCUCACUAUUGAGGAAGCCACGGCGGCCGUGUCGGCCACGGACGGUCUGCAGGGCAUUACCAUGAGGGACAGCGAUGAAGAGGAGGGUUAACGUCUCACCUACUGGACGGUCACAAACUUGAUACGAAGAGGUCGGAUUCCAGCUCUCCUGAUUGGAGCUCACGCUUCAUACUCCCUAGCCAGUGCUACACUGCCCUCUUGUCUAAGCCGAUGUCACCAUGCUUGUAUAAAACUCUCAUUGGCCACUUACAGACAGCUAAAGUGUCUCUGUCGUUCUGUAUUUGAUGUGCAGUGAUAUGGUGGCUCAUCACAAGGCAAGCUCGGGAAGCACUUGUAGACACAAAUUUACCCACAAAGAACCAGCCGAUGAUUUGUAAGUGUAUCAUAGACACGGUGUACCAGAGUGAAAACUAGACAUACAGAGCAUGAGGGAAGUAGCGUCUGCUUAUGUGCUGUUUUUUAAU